AUGGCUGCACAUAUAUCGGAACACAUGAGUAAGCGAGGUCCAAGGGAGUCGCUGCUAAUUCUUAGUCUUGGGGUUUUAUUCUUUCAUCUUUUGUCCUCGUAUGUGGAGGAGACUGUGUUUUAUCUUCCCGGUUUCCACCACACCGGAUUACUUUCCUUUCUGCAGGUUUUCAUCAUGGCCGUUGUUUCGUACGUGCGAUUAUGCCGUACGCUUCCCAUGGAGGAGCGGGGCUCUGCACGAGUGGGUUUAUGGAGGCGGUUACUCAACUCUCGUAAGGUUCCACUUCGAACUUAUGUAAUAAUAUCUUUUUUAUACAUCAGCAGUGCUUAUCUCACCAACGAGGGAUCCCGCCUUCUUUCGUACAGCACACAAGUGGUGUUGAAGUCUGCCAAGCUUUUGGUUGUAUGGCCUGUGCGACUUAUUGUUAUUGAGCUUCCGUUGCGGUGGGGGGAUGCUACGACAAGUGAAGGCGUCUCACGCAACGGUGAUGUUGUAUGCGUCGCUGAUGUUGUGAAUGAAAAGGAAUGUGAGAGUACUUGUGUAUUGGUGUCAGCUGAAGAGUGUUGCGAUACGCCUUCGGACCCGGCUGCAUCUGUAGCACAAUCAAGUGAUCAAAGCUCUCCAACCUCUAACGAUGUCUUUUCCACUCCUAUCAAUGCACCUCACGAUGGUUUGGAUAUGACCGUCAACUCAACCGCUGCGUGUGUGGCAAAUUCCACUCAGCACAGUCGUGAGGGUUUGUGGAGCAUAUUAAAGGAGUCGUUUCCAUGCUUUGUGAUUGUUUUUGGUGUUGUACUCUUCAUGCGUGCUGCUAACGCUUCCACCACCGCUGCAGUGGAGGCGGUUGGGGACAAGAUGGAAAAUCACGAGCAUCGGGUGAGGGAGAUAUGCGGCGUCGUGGCAAUUAUUGUGGCGCUGCUUUGUGACGCUGGGGUUUGUGUUGCAGAGGAGAAAUACUGCUUCAUGGCCCAUGGUGCCUCCAAUGAGGAGGUGAUGUUUUAUAUCUUUUCAAUUUCAUCUUGUAAUGGAUUCAUUAGUCUUCUUCUUAGUGGCCGCCUGGCAGACUGUUUGCACUUCAUGCAGGGGCAACCUUAUUUUUUCCCCUUAGUACUGCUUGCUUCCAUCUGCAACUACUGUGGGGCGUAUUUUAUUGUUUCAAUUACAUCCAGCUACGGCAGUAGCACAUCCACAAUGGUUACAAGCGUGCGUAAGGUUACAACCGUGUUGUUUAGCUACGCCGUGUAUUUGCGGCCAAUUGGUGCGGCACAUGUUGUUGGGCUCCUGUUGGUGACGUGUGGGGUUUGGCAGUUUGAGCGGAUACGUAGAAGGAAUGAUGAACGUGCAUGA